GAAAAAUGCAUGCUUGAAUUAACUGAUGAAGAAUUUUGGAUGGAAGAUGGACAACCACUUUCCCGGCCGGCCAAAUCUUGACCUUCCAAUCUAUCUUCAAAUUUGUAUUUUGUGGCCGCCUGUUGGAAAGGUCUGAAUCAAUCCGCAAAUUCUCAGUAUUAGUAUAAUGUUCUUGGAACCACCAAACACUCAAUCUGCUUGGAUUUGGUCCUGUUCUAUCUGCCGGCGCAUAAUAUUUAAAUGCUGGUUUCUGCCUUUUGGGCCUAUUUCUCUAUUCACAAGUUACAAACCGUCAUUGUAAAAUCAGCCAAAUGGCAUUCAAAACUGAUGAAGAAAUCAUAUCAACAAUGCUGGUUCCUUCUUGUUCCACAGUUCCAAUGAUUCAAGUCUACCUCAUAUACAAGAGCUCUGCAGAAACUGAUCUCAUUUACGGGAAAUGGAUCGAAUUCCCAUCUGGGUUCUUUCUGGUUUGGUUUUACUUCUCCUCCCAGUGGGAAACUCAGAAGAAGAUGAGGUUAACCGGUCUUUGAUUCAAUUCAUGACAAACAUUUCACCUGGAAAUGCAGGAAGAGGCUCGAAUUGGGGUUGGAAUAUGAACUCAGACCCCUGCACUGACAAAUGGGAGGGGGUGACAUGUGACUCCCAGUCGAAAUUUGUGAGGAAAGUAAUUCUUGAUGGACUCAAUCUCGAUGGAAUUCUUGAUGCAAAGUCUCUAUGCAAAGUGAAAACACUUGCAGUAUUGAGCCUGAACAACAACAGUGUUGUUGGAAAGUUAUCCGAAGGGAUAUCAAGCUGCAAGCGAUUGACCCACUUGUAUGCAAGUGGAAACCAUUUCUCAGGCGAGCUUCCCCAGAGUCUUUCCCGGUUGAGUAACUUGAAAAGGCUUCACAUAUCCAACAAUAACUUCUCCGGCGUGCUGCCAGAUUUGCCACGAAUUUCAGGCUUAAUAUCAUUCCUUGCUCAGAACAAUCAACUCAGUGGGGAAAUACCAAAAUUUGAUUUCUCCAACCUCCAGCAAUUCAACGUCUCCAACAACAAUUUCAGUGGUCCUAUUCCAGAUGUCGAUGGACGUUUCUCUGCCAGCAGCUUCUCUGGUAAUCCAGGAUUAUGUGGACCACCGCUUUCAAACACAUGCCCACCAUCUCUACCUUCUAAAAAUGGAUCAAAAGGUUUCUCCAGCAAGCAGCUUCUCACCUACUCAGGGUAUAUAAUCCUUGGCCUGAUUAUUGUGCUCUUCCUUUUCUACAAAUUGUUCAGAAAAAAGAGGCCGAAAGGUGAAAAGGUUGAGGUUAUAAAGAAGGGAGUGAGCAUGGAGUCUAGUAGCAACAAGCCCAGCAGUGUUUCCAGCCAGCUAAAAACCAGUGACAAUAGAUCGGAGUAUUCAAUAACAUCUGCUGAAGCUGGAAUGACUUCAUCAUCGCUUACAGUUCUUUCAAGUCCGGUGAUAAAUGGGUUGAGAUUUGAGGAUUUGCUCCGAGCUCCUGCUGAAUUGAUUGGGAGAGGAAAGCAUGGAAGCCUCUACAAGGUUGUGCUGGAGAACAAGAUGGUCUUGGCUGUGAAGAGGAUCAAAGAUUGGGGGAUUUCUAGUCAGGAUUUCAAGAGGAGAAUGCAGAAGAUAGAUCAAGUGAAGCAUCCAAAUGUAUUGCCUCCCCUCGCUUUUUAUUGUUCCAAGCAGGAGAAGCUCCUUGUGUAUGAAUAUCAGCAAAAUGGCAGCCUCUUCAAGCUUCUCUAUGGAACCCAAAAUGGCGAAGUAUUUGAAUGGGGAAGCAGACUAGGUGUUGCAGCUAGCAUUGCUGAGGCAUUGGCAUUCAUGUACAGUGAGCUCCAUGACGAUGGAAUUGCUCAUGGAAACCUAAAAUCCACAAACAUCUUGCUGGGAAAGGACAUGGAUCCAUGUAUCAGCGAAUAUGGGCUAAUGGUGGUUGAAGACCAAGACCAACAAUUCCUUGCCCAAGCUGAGAAUCUCAAAUCCAAUGGUCCAAGUGGAUACACUGCAUAUAGCACCUUCAAGGUAGAUGUUUAUGGUUUUGGAGUGAUUCUUCUUGAACUGCUGACAGGGAAGCUUGUCCAGAACAGUGGCUUUGAUUUAGCUAGAUGGGUGCAUUCAGUGCUUAGAGAGGAAUGGACAGCGGAAGUUUUUGACAAGGCCCUGAUUUUGGAAGGUGCAAGUGAAGAGAGGAUGGUGAACUUGUUACAGGUUGCACUGAAGUGCAUAAAUCCUUCUCCCGGAGAGAGGCCAACCAUAAAUCAAGUUGCUGGAAUGAUAAACACAAUAAAAGAGGAAGAAGAAAGAUCCAUAGUCUCCAUAUGAUGAAGACUUCAGCCAUAUGCUUUAAAGAAACAGAGAAUAUGAAAACGCCGGUUAUAGAAAAUACUUCACCACUGAUCCAUUUGUAUCUGGCAAUACAGUUGGUUUAUCAAACACAAUUUUUUUUCCCAAGAUUAUCAUUGAAUUAUUGUAUUUUUCUUUGAUGUAUCCUACAUCUUUCAUCUUAGGUAUCCUGCACUCUUUUCUUGUAAUCCUACCACAUUCCUCAUGAAUGUGUGGUCGCUCACUCACCUAAUUGGGAAAGAUAUCUGCUCCAAAAUUUGUCAA